AUGUCAGACCAAUCAUACGACAACAUCCCUCGCGUUGCCUCAGACUCCUCGGACGAUCUCGACUCCCUACCCUCGACCUCGGCCAGCACAACCUCCAUCUCGCCCUCGGAAGAAGAAUGGCAGUCCGAUGCCGAAAGAGAAUGGAAGGAAUCGUUACAGCAGCUCGAGCUGCUUCUCACAAUGGUGCUUGUGCCCUACUUGGGCAAGUACUUUGGUCGUAAAGCCGCCUAUUGGGCAUUUGAAGAAAGACAUGAUACACACCAAAACAAAACACUCAAGAGCUCCCGCUCGAGAGCCAGCGCCGCUCGCAAGAUUGGUUUACUGGGCACCGGAAAUACCAGCCACGACCCGAAGCGCAACACCAUAGGUGAAGCGGCCGUCCCAGCCGUCGACAUCAGAUCCGAUGCCUAG